CACCCGCAUUUCCAGCAUAGAGAAGGUUGCAGAAUAUUUAGUAAAGACCAUUUGAUGUGAUUUAUGCUUCCAGUGUCCGCUACACUACCCUGAUAUCAAUGUCGAUUCAGCCUGAAAGCCCGCCUAUGGGCUUCAUCGCCGUAGAGCUCAAUUUUCACCGCCCCCCGGGAGAUGCAAAAAACGAGCGCACAUGGCCAUUUCCAUUGAUUUGUCGGACAGCGAAGGAUUCUUUUCUGUCAAAGCUUGUGACUCCUGGUGAAUAUCCAGAAGCAUUCAUUGAUAAUUUUGUUGAGGCCGGACAAUGGCUUGCAGAGCAAGGAUGUGUCGGAAUCUUGACGAGCUGUGGAUUUUUAGCAAUGAUGCAACCAAUGUGAGUCUGCAAUUCUUUCUUGCGGCAGCUACUAUGAGACCAACCACUCGUUGGUCUGCACAGGCUUGUUGUUAACUGUUGAAAAGACUGUCAGCUAGACUUCCUAUACCAGUGGCAACUUCGUCACUUUUGCAGAUACCCGCGGUCCGUUCAUUUCUACCACCGGGCCAGUCAAUCGGGGUCAUCACAUUUGAUGCAACCCGUUUAAGUCUCAAGCACUUUACUCAGUUGUCUAUCGAUCCAAGCAACAUACAUAUCGUUGGCUGUCCUGACAAUGGUUAUUUACGCGGUACUCUUCGAGAUGGCAACCCAUAUGAUUAUUCUGCUCUGAAAAAGGAGUUGGUAACCUGUGCCGUGCAGCUCGUAGAAUCGCAUCCUGAUGUUGGUGCAAUCGUCCUAGAGUGUACGCAAUUACCGGUUUUCGCGGAGGCCAUACAGGAGAAAGUUCAACUCCCGGUAUACGACGUGUACACUAUGGGAUCUUGGUUUU